CGACGUUGACUCCGAGAGAACGGACACGAGGGCUAGCAGACGGCUAACGCAACGGGAUAAUCGCUGAGACAGGACCUCUCACACACGCGCACUCACACACACACUCACACAAGUCGCAACUCGGCUAUAUAUAUAUUGUACAAGUAUAUAUAUGUAUAAGUGAAGCGCCAAGUGCCAGUGUCCUAGAAAUUAAACACAAUACGAGAAUAAAUCCAAAUCGAAGGCGAUAAUGGAAAAUUAAUUGAACGUGCCCCGCUUCGAAAGUCUAAAAAUACCCGCGCGUCGCCAAGUUGUCGUGAGUCCAAAGUUCCCUUAUUCCCAUCAUCAGGCAAACAACAGCCAAUGUGGAUGUGGAUGUGGAUGUGGAUGUCGAAGGGUCUAAAGUGCCGCAACAGUCUUUAAAUUAUGCAUGCACAUUGAUUUUCCUUUUGCCGUCGUUAUAUCCCCAUCAUCUAUAUCUAUAUCACCAGGCCAUCGGCUUUGUUGUCGCAUGUUAUCAGCGGAACUGGCGUCCUCGACGGCUUUGUUGAAUGCGAGUUAUCAGCGCAGCAACGGCCCCGCAAAAGAUGAAGUUUGCCCCUCGACAAUAUAUGACAAGUGCCACACAACGCCAGAAGCCACAACAGGAGCAGCAGCCACAACAGGAGCAGCAGCCACAGCAGCAGCAGCAGCAGCAGCAGCAGCAGCAUCAAUGACCAAGCAAUUGACAACGGCAACUGCAACAAAUGCGGCAUCCAGCAUAGGACAAGCGGGUGAUUUGGCCCCCACGGUUGUAUCCCCAACCGCGCCAGCCACAAUUGCGACGGGCGGAGCAGGAGGAGCAGGAGGAGCAGGAGGGUCCUCCGGAGCAGGCGGAACCAUUUCACCUGUCAGCGAGGCAACAAAGACUGCGCCACCAGCACAGCCCGUUGCGGAGAAGCACUCGAGUAGCGAUGCCAGUGGCAGAUCGGCGGCUCUGGAGCGUGCCUAUGUGCACGAUGUGUACGAGCACUGUGAGGAGCCCACGGGUCCCGUCCGCCCACGGAUGGCCCACUUCCUCAGCGGUCUGGAUCCCGGCUCGGUGGUCUGCGACGUGGGCUGCGGCAGUGGGAGAUACCUCACCCAGUGCAAUCCGGCCAUCUGCACCAUUGGCGUGGAGCGAUGCUACCGCCUGAGCAAGGUGGCUCACGAAAAGGGCGGCGAGGUGGCACUGUGCGACAAUCUAGAACUGCCUUUCCGGGACGACAGUUUCGAUGCGGUGUUGUCGCUGGCGGUGGUGCACCACUUCGCCACCACGGAGCGACGUGUCCAGGCACUCAGGGAAUUGGCUAGGAUCCUGAGGAUCGGUGGUCGGGUUGUGAUCACCGUGUGGGCGCUGGAACAACGACAUCGACGCUUCGAGUCGCAGGAUGUGCUGAUACCCUGGCAGCCACCAAAGAAUCGAAACUACUCCUACUCGGAUGAGGAGGACGACGACAAUUUCCAGCCGCCUUACCAUGCCUACACCGAGGACUCUACGAAUUCCAGUCGAUCGGCCGGAGAUGGGGACAGCUCCAGCCUUAGUUCGUCAUCGCCGGGGGAAUCCUGCUACAGCUUUGUUCGCCGGGCCAUUCAGAAACUGGCCCGUGGACGCCGGCAUGCGUGGUUUAUGGACUCGUGGUCCUCAAAGGACACCAAGAACGACAGCAGCUUGGACUACGAAGAUGCCAAGGAUCUGCCCAUCGAGCUGCGUCGCCUGGAGGACUUUGAGGACUUUCCCGAUCCGCCACUAUCAGCUGGCCUCAAAUCCCGCAGCCUGGGUAGCAUCCUGCAGCCGCCACCCCGCCAGAUUGUCCGCUCGCGCUCCAGUGUUCCCAGUCUAGGUGGUCCUCUGAUUCCUGGUGAAUCAAAGGCCAGUGCAGCGGCGCUGUUACUCAACGCUCCGGAGAGCCAGCAACUUCAGAUGCAACUCCAAUUGAAUGGAAGGCAUUCACCCACCACCACGGCCAGUGCUGGGAACACGUUGAGCAGGAGGCCAAAGCUCAUCAAGCAGAAGCAGUCCUUGUGCGAUGAUGACGCCGCCACGCCACCCGCACCCGAAUCCUUUCAGGUGGUAAGUAGUCUGAAUGGCUCCAAUGGCGUGGUAAGCAGCAGUCUGUACACAAAGAGUGGCUGCUAUGCUGGGAAUUUCCAUCAGCAUGCCUCGUCGACGUCCACGCCUCCGUCAGGUGAUUCUGCUGAAGGAGGAGUCAACGGUGUACCCACUGGUGCGCCCACUUUCCUGCGCAAACAGAGUUCCCUCAACGAGGAUCUGAUGGCCUGCAAUCGGCUGAGGGAAAAGGAGAGGGUGCGCAAGCGCAUUCAAAAGCAAACCUCGCUGAAUGAAGCCUUCCUCUGCAGAUCAGCUCUGUUCUCCAAGAGACUGCAGGUAAUCCGUGAGGGCUUCACCACCAAAAUCAAGAGCUCGACGGGCAGUCUGGAAAGGGUGACCAAAACGGGCAUAAGCAAGCUGAUCCAAAACAUCAAGAGUGGACCGCAGGCGCAGCCGAAUCCUGCCCAGCAGCCCGCUCAACUGGACAAAAACCCCAUGCUGAAUAAUAACAAUAAGCAGGGAGUGGUGGUGACGGCUCAUCAGCACCACCAUCACCACCACCACCAUCCUGUUCACCAUCUGUCCCACUUGAUUCUGCCCGCAUCCUCGACGUCGGGACCUGUGACGUACUGCAGCAGUGUAGAGUGCACCAUGGGCAAUCUCUGUCACUGUAGCCAGUAUCAGCAAGAGUGUCCCGCCUGUGCGGAUGGCGGUCAGGGUGACAAGGCGAGGAGGCAUUCCCGAGAGUCCGGCUCGGACUCCUCCAAGGACAGCAGCCUGCAGUCGGACACUAGUAUCGAGUCCGAGGACAGCUUCGCUUCGGUCAUAUUCAUACCCAAGCCGGAGCAGCACCAGCAGCAGUUGAACUACCAGCAGCAGCACCAGAACUCUAACUCCAGCUCGAGCAACUCAUCCUCCAGCAAUGGGCAAAGGGCACAAGGAGCCGCUGGUCGGGAUCAGGGGGUAAAUCCCGGCUCUCGAUUGCCGCCCACUCACUCAGUGCCAACGUCGCCGCUAAUCAUGCCCUGCCCUCCCACUCCGGCUCAUUCACCGGCUGCCAUCCAGGGCACGGUGACUUCUCCGCCUCAGUCCACAUCCGCCGUUUCCGCCGCCAUGGCCAUCUUGACUCCACCCUCAAAACCCGCUCGUUUCAGCUUCGAUGAGGCCCACAUCAAGCUGCAAAAGGAGCAGCAUGUAGAUCUGCAAAAGGAGCCGCCCAAGGAGAAGAAGGAGCCACUUAAGGAGCCGCCAAAGGAACCACUCAAGGCAUCGCCACCGGUGCGUAGGAUCACCCGCCAGGCCAUCAGAGAUCUGCCACCCAUUCCCAAAUUCCGAAAACAGCAAUCUCUGCAGCUGCAACGUCAGAGUUUUCCCAUCGUUAGGCGAGCUUCGGGAUCUGGCGUGUCCACCUCAGCAUCCACGACAUCACUGGCCACCAAACUGCUCUCCCUGGAGCUCUUUAAUCCGGCCACCGAUGACCUGGACAGCGAUUCCAGUGAACCCUCCUCCCCCGAUUCCAUAGACAGUGUUAUAAGUGCACCCAGAUCGGCCAAAGUGCCCUCGGGAAGUGAGGAAGGAGAAGCCGCGAACUCCGCGAACUCCAAUUCGGCUUCCCAGGACGAAGGAGAACCCAGCUUGGCGCAGCUGAUAAGUCUGCAGCAGGAGCAGUACCAUAAAGGAGAGCUCCAGAUCAAUAGCUCCCGGUCCCAGGCCGAAGAUGAUAUAAUCCUGAAUGCAGAUAGUGCACCCCUUCUUCCCGAAAAGAGGGAGGCCGCUCAGAAGCAGGAUUGUGCGGAAUUCGCGGAACAACUGACUGCCCAACUGCAGCGGGAACUGGAUGACAAGACCAAUCGAACUGAGUGCCGGUAUCUGGAUGGGAUCGGAAUGGGAGAUCUGACCGAGAUUUUGGGUGGCGGUAAGAAGCGCUCUAAUGGUGAUUUGAGUGCUUUCCGGGAUGAGCUCAGGGAACGCCGUCUGAUGCUAGCUAACCUCUCCACGCAGCCAAGUCUGCAACAAUCCCCGGUGAGCUCGUCCACCUCAUCACUAUCCUCCCAAACCCGCAGCUUCACCAUCCAGGAGGAGGAUGGCGAGGAAGAGGAGGAGGAGGAAAACGAGUCCAGCUACUCACUUGGCGUCUAUGAGCACUGCAAGAUCUCCAAGUUCAACUACAAGAGGAAUCGACACUAUCAGCUGAAUCCGGAGACAGCCUACCUGCUGCAGGACGAUGGGGACAGUGAUGUGCGCGAGGAUGAGGACGAUGUCAUACCAGAGGAGGAGGAGCAGGAGGAACAGGAUGAGGAUGCGGAGGCCGAGGCUCUGGAAGCCCGAGGUGGCGAUCAGUUGGGCGAAGGCAUGUCGGACUACGGCCAGCGCAGGCGCAACAUGGCUGCCCUAAAGGUCCAACCGCCGACGACCCAGCAGCAGCAACCUCAAAAGGAGCCAAGCCAAGCGGCGAAUCUCCAGCAGCGGCCCUCCAACGAUUCCCUGGAGCACUCGAACAGCUCCACCAACUCCCUGGACAGCCCCUCCCAGGGUGGAGCCAGCACCCACCACCGCUACUACCAUGUGUUCCGCGAGGGCGAGCUGGACGCGCUGAUCAACCACCAUGUGGCCAGCCUGCACAUCGUUAGCUCCUACUACGAGCGGGCCAGCUGGUGUGUGGUGGCCGAAAAGGUUCAGGUGUGGACCAUCUAAGCACCCUACUCUCAAACGGGUUUGAUUUCUAUUACUGGGACCGGAAGCAUGUAUACCAGAGCAAGAAAAACUCAAAUAAGUUAAAUUUUUGUCAUUCGUUUGAAUAUUUUGACUUUAUUUUAAGUUACACGGACAGUCUGCAAGAAUACUUGAAUUAGGUGUGAAAAUCUUCUUGGAGUAUUCAAAAUCAAAGCAGUUUUUAUGAUUUCUUUAAGGCGUAGCUGACCCGUUUGAAUCCCUGCUCUAAAACGAACGCCCAUUUCCUAGCUGUAGUCUCUGAUCUGAUGCCCCCAAAGGAAUUGUUAAAUUUAGUCUAUUACUCUAGUCGGCUGGCGAUUCGGGGCGGGGAAGGCCCGUCCUGCGAACCAGCACUAAUUUAUUGUUAGCAGGCCUGCUCAAGGACGCGAACGCAGGAUUGCACUGCAUUGAAAUCCAAUUUCAAAGGAGAACGUAGCUGUAAGAACGAAAACCAAUCGAAUCGAAUGCGAUAACGAAACAACGCAAGCUAAAUACAAAUCUUACUAGUUAUACGAGCAUACUCUAUUUACAACGAUCAUCUGUUUGUAUCUUGCGCUAUCUUUUGCUAUGUUUCAAGCACUUUUUGCUAUAAUUUCGAAGCGAAUAGUCAUCAAACGUCCAUUACAACAUAUACCAAUUAUACAAGAGAAAAUCAAGAUACCAGUUAAGCAGCUAGUCAUAGUAAUAUAGCAAAUACGUACAUGCAUGUAUACACUCCUUAAAACUGCAACGUUUAUAGAACCCUCUAAAAAUAUCAAUAACUGCAUUUAAAUCUAUGAGAGACCCGUACAUAUAUCGAACGCAAAGUAAAAUCAAAAAUAUAUACACAAAACAGUUUAAGAAGCUCACAAACAA